GUUUAUAAGGAAGAGAGAGUUUAUGUUAAACCCAGAUCCUAGAGUUGCCUUUAGGAUUGUAAAGUUUUAAACUUUGAUUUGAUUCUCAGUGUGCUGUCUUUACAGUGAUUGAUUGAAAAGUAUUCUCCUUUAUUGAGUUUUUACAAUAGUCUCUCUGGCUCAUCAAAAGCCAAUAUAAUGCGUAAAAUUUCAUUCUUUAAGCAUUGAUUCCAUAUCUUAUAUAUGUAAUGGACUUUCACUAUCUAAGAUGUAAGAUGCUUUAUCAUCUCCAUGAUUUGUCCUCUCAUUUCCUUUUAGUGUUAUUAGACUGAGAGGUAAGAGUUUGUUUGUGAUCUAAAACAAAACAAAAAGGGUUGGGAAUAUUCAUAUUCCUGAGCAGACUGUUUUUGACUGAGUAAAAAGGAAUUUAUUCAUUGGUUCAUCUCCUCUACACAAAGUUUUAUUCUCUACAUUAACUCUCUCACUCAUGCAUCAAAGGUUUCCUUCAUUGCAAAUCCAUUUUUCUCCAUCUGAGUUUAGGAUACUGUGUGGUGUUGUUGUGACAAAACAAAACUGUUCUUGUUCCAUGACUAUGGCUAAUGAUUUCGGAUACUCAACAUCUUUUUCAGCUCUGCAUACUUCUGUAGAAGACAGAUACCCUAACUCUUUCUAUGGUUCAUCAGGGCAGGAGCUGAUGAACAACCCUGUGCCUUGUCAGGCGGUCUCUGGUGGCAAAUCUGGUGGGUAUAUGUUUCCUUCUCCCUCCGGAUUCUGCAAUGUUUCACCUCUCUCAACUCAUGGGAUGAUUCCCCAAACACAGCCACCUGUUUCCACCACCCCAAGCGACAGAUUGGCUAUGCAGGAUUGCUUUUUGGAAGCACAAUCAAUGAAUCACCCCCUUCCAGAGUUUUCAGAUCCACUUGACGAGUUCUUUGAUUUUGCUGACCAUGUUCCUGCUCUGAAUCCACAAGCAGAGAGUAGUGACCUAAGAGUGGGCUCAACCGUGGAGGUUCAUGAGAAAAGCGAGUGGCAAAGUUGGGCUGAUCAGCUGAUGUCCGUUGACAACGGUUCGGAGCCGAACUGGUCUGAGCUUCUUGGAGAUCCAAGUCCACACAAUCCAACACCGACACCAACACCAUCUUUGGAUGUACCAAGGCAAGAGAUGGUAGCUAACCACCAGCAGCAGCAUCAGGUGGUUUCGUUGGAGGAGCAGAUGAACUCAUCAGCUAGUGGAGCAGCAACAACUAAACAGCGCAUGCGUUGGACACCGGAGCUUCAUGAGGCGUUCGUUGAAGCUGUUAAUCAGCUUGGUGGUAGUGAACGAGCCACGCCUAAGGCUGUUUUGAAGCUCUUGAAUAACCCUAUCUUGACCAUUUAUCAUGUCAAAAGCCAUCUGCAGAAAUACAGAACGGCAAGGUACAAACCGGAGACUUCAGAAGCUACAGGAGAACCUCAAGAAAAGAAGAUGACAUCUAUUGAAGAUAUCAAAUCUCUUGACAUGAAAACGAGCUUUGAGAUCACACAAGCUCUAAGGUUACAGAUGGAAGUUCAGAAGCGUCUUCACGAGCAGCUCGAGACCCAACGAGCGCUGCAGUUACAGAUUGAGAAACAGGGCAGGUACCUGCAGAUGAUGUUUGAGAAACAACAGAAGUUAGAAGAGAACAAGAGCUCUUCCUCCUCAAAGCAAUGCAACGGCGCAUCUGCAGAAGUUGAAUUUGAAUCUGGUGUUGUGACACAAAUAGCGGAUCAAAGUGAAUCUGCUGUUUCAGUAUCAAGGAAACGGGCCAGAGAAGAUGAGUAGAUUGAAAAACAUAUUGAUUUGGUUGACGAGACAUGUUUAUUGGGAGUUAAGUUAGGUGUUUUAUGGAAAACACACAGAGAUGCAUUAACUACAGUUUUGUUAAAAGAAAAUUGUUUCUUCACAGCUUUGUGCUU